AAGCUGCAGGACGUGGCUUUCAAUGCAUCAGAGCGCGCCUGCGACGGGCUGCCCACAAAGCCCAUCUAGCUGAUGGUCCCUGGGAUAACACCGCUGUCCUGCUGCAGAGCCAUGCCCAAGAAGGAUGAGGAUGCCAAAAAGCCGGCAUCGGAGGCGGCGCCGGACAAGCAUUGGAAGCUACAAGUCUGCUACCUCUGCUUCUAUGGCUUCAUGACACAGAUCCGGCCUGGGGAGAGCUUCAUCACUCCCUACCUCUUGGGGCCUGAUAAGAACUUCACACAGGCACAGGUGACCAAUGUGAUCACACCGGUGCUGACCUAUUCCUAUAUGGCUGUGCUGGUCCCCAUCUUCCUACUGACGGACUACUUGCGGUACAAGCCAGUGCUGGUGCUGCAGAGCCUGAGCCACAUCUCCAUCUGGCUGCUGCUGGUGCUGGGUACCUCAGUCCUGGCCAUGCAGCUGAUGGAGUUCUUCUAUGGCAUCACCAUGGCCGCCCGCAUCGCCUACUCCUCCUACAUCUUCUCCCUCGUCGCUCCAUCCCGUUACCAGCGUAUGGCCAGCUAUUCCCGUUCCUCUGUCCUCCUGGGUGUCUUCACCAGCUCGGUGCUAGGCCAGCUCUGCAUCAGCUUGGGCAAUGUCCCCUUCCUCACCCUCAACUACAUCUCCUUGGGCUUCGUCAGCUUCAGCCUCAUCCUUACCCUCUUCCUCAAGCAGCCCCGGCGCAGUCUCUUCUUCAACCGUCCCGAUGGGGCCGUGGAUGGGGCUGCACCCACUGAGACGGACAAGAUGGCAGUGGGGGACGGUGGCAGGGGGACAAAGGGAUGGAGGGACAUGGCACUGUGCCGGAUGCUGCGGGAGAUGGGAGUGUUGGCCAAGCAGCCCCAGCUUCGGCUCUGGUCCUUGUGGUGGGUCUUCAACUCGGCUGGUUACUACCUGAUGCUGUACUAUGUGCAGAUCCUCUGGAAUGAGAUCUACCCAGCCAUGGACAACCGCCGUGUGUACAACGGAGGGGUGGAUGCUGCAUCCACGCUGCUGGGGGCUGUUGCCUCCUUCGCUGCUGGCUACUUGAAGAUCCGCUGGACGCUGUGGUCGGAGCUGGUGAUCGGGAUGGUGACAGCUUUCCAGGCGGGAUUACUGCUGCUCAUGAACACCACCAGCAACAUCUGGCUCUGCUACGCUGCCUACGUCCUCUUCCGCGGCUCCUACCAGUUCCUAGUGCCCAUUGCCAUUUUCCAGAUUGCUACAUCCCUCUCCAAGGAGCUCUGCGCGCUCAUCUUCGGGGUCAACACCUUCUUCGCCACGGUGCUGAAGACCAUCAUCACCAUCAUUGUGGCUGACAAGAGGGGCUUGGGCUUGUCCGUGCAUCCCCAGUUCUAUGUGUAUUUCGGCUACUUCACGCUGCUGGCAGUGACCUACCUGCUGGCGGCUGCCGGUGUGGGCAUCCGGUACAGCCGCCACAAGCAGCCAGGAGAGCUGGCGUUGGCCAAGGAACCAUGCCAGGUCCUCACAGAGGUGCCACCAGCACAGGAGCAGAGGUUGGAUGCUGGUGCUGUGCGAGCCUGAGCGCCGGCACUGCCACCACCGUGGUCGGGUCUUGGCUGCGGGAGCAUCACCAUGACUGUAGCCUGAUGUCCCACCAUUGAUCCAUGGGGAACAUGACCCCUCAGGACCUGCUUUUGGAAGGGCUGUGGUGUCCCCUUGGCCACAGACAUAAGCAGGAUGCCCAUGGCUGCCAUCCCUUGUGACCACACAGGGCUAUAUGGAUGGGGUGCAGUGGUUCUGGCCAUCACCUCCCCAUCAUCGUGCAGAGCCAGCCUACGAGAGGAUAACGUUUCUUUAUUCAGUGCCUUUAGAAAAUGGUUUAUAGGACACAACUGACACAAAACCAAACCAAUCCACAGGCUUUAAAUUGCAUUAAUGACACAAAAUACAGUAGACUGUAAGAAAUAGAGCCCGUGUGAUUCAUCACACAGCUUUUAUGGUAAGAAGUCCCAUACAAUAACAAAAACCAAAAGCUAGUUACAAA